CCAAGUCCAACCCACUCUCCGAUCCCGAGACAACAACCCGCUUCCCCUCUCCUCCCUCCCCCAUUCCUCAACUCUAAACCCCAUCGCCGCCAACGCCUCCUCCGGCAUCAGCAGCCAUGGCCGACGGCGCGAACCCCAACCCGACGCCGACACCCAGGCAGAAGGAAGUCCCCGAUUGGCUCAACAGUCCGAUCUGGUCCACUCCUCCCCCUACCCCGCGCCACCGCUCCCCUCCCCGCGCCCCUUCCCCUCCCCCGCCUCCCCCUCCCAAGCCGCCCCGCGAUCCGGCCCCGCCGGCCCCUGCUCAACCGUCCCGGCAGAGCGGCCCCUGCUCCAACUCCGGCUCCGACAGCGGCGACGAGGGCGCGGCCACCUCCACACGGCCACACCUCGUCGCAGAGUUCAAAGCCGCGCUAGAAAGGAAGGUGGUGGAUCUGGCGGAGCUGCGGAGGCUGGCGUGCCAGGGCGUGCCCGAUGAUGCGGGCGUGCGGCCUGUCGUCUGGAAGCUUCUCUUGGGGUACUUGCCAACGGAUCGUGCACUGUGGGCAUAUGAAUUGGAGAAAAAGCGGUCCCAAUACAGUGCUUUCAAAGAUGAGCUUCUGGUUAAUCCUUCAGAAGUUACCCGAAGAAUGGAAAUGACUACUCCGAAAAGGAAGGAACAUAAUGCUGAAGGAACGGGGUUUCUCCCAAGGGCAGAGAUUGUCCAGGAUGAACACCCUCUAAGCCUUGGGAAAACUAGCGUUUGGAACCAACACUUCCAGGAAUCUGAAAUUGUAGAGCAGAUUGAUAGAGAUGUUAAGCGUACCCAUCCUGAGAUGCAGUUUUUCAAUGGGGAUUGUUCUGAUGCCAUGUCUAAUCAGGAGUCACUAAAGCGUAUACUUAAUAUCUUUGCAAAAUUAAAUCCGGGUAUAAGAUAUGUACAAGGAAUGAAUGAAGUUUUGGCACCUCUCUACUAUGUUUUCAAGAAUGAUCCAGACCAAAGUAAUGCUGUUUCGGCAGAGUCAGAUGCUUUUUUCUGCUUUGUUGAGGUGCUUAGUGGAUUUCGAGAUAAUUUUUGUAAGCAGCUUGACAACAGUGUUGUCGGUAUACGCUCCACAAUCAGUAAACUAUCCCAGCUUCUGAAAAGGCAUGAUGAAGAGCUCUGGCGGCAUUUAGAGGUUGUAACCAAGGUUAACCCACAGUUCUAUGCAUUCAGAUGGAUCACCUUGCUAUUGACACAGGAAUUCAAGUUCCGUGACUGCAUCCACAUAUGGGAUGCACUAUUAGGUGACCCAGAGGGACCUCAGGCGACAUUGUUACGAAUCUGCUGUGCAAUGCUAAUUCUUGUUCGGAGGCGGCUCUUGGCUGGCGACUUCACUGCAAACCUCAAGCUUCUCCAGAAUUACCCACCCACAAAUAUCGACCACUUAUUGCAUAUUGCUAAUAAGCUGCGAGGGCUAGUUCCCUACUGAUUGAUUUAAUUACCUUGCUUCCUUCUGUUUCCAGUGUUUUAUUUUUAUGAUAGUUUGUUGUCCAGAUAUGAUACAUUACAUCUGUAAAUGAACAUCCAUAUACCUAUGUGGUGGGGUAGUUAAUUUGAGCCUUUGAUUCUCCUGUAAUAUAUGCCUCUUGGAGCUUGCUGCUUCUUUUGACUAGUUGUUAUUUUGUGAGUUA